GGAGCCGUUGCUGUGGACGGAGAGACAAGGACGCGAGCGGCCAUUGAAGGCGGCCAGGGUGCCGGUGAGCCCCCCCCACCCAUCUGCUCGGUGUGCGGCUGAGCUUCGAUGGAGGACCACACGACGGGGCACAACCAGGAGAAGCUUUAUGAGUGCGACGUGUGUGGCAAGGCCUGGCGGAGCCCGAGUCUGCUGGAGAUCCACCAGCGGGUGCACACAGGAGAACGCCCCUUCGACUGCUCAGAGUGUGGCAAGAGCUUCGCCCGCUAUGAAAACCUGCAGCGGCACAAGAGUGUGCACUCCGGUGAGAGGCCCUUCACCUGCUCCGACUGCGGCAAGAGCUUCAAGAUGGCGAAUAACCUGAAGAGACACCGAAAAGUGCACACGGGCGAGAAGCCCUAUGGCUGCUCCACCUGUGGCAAGAGCUUUACCCGGUUGUAUGGGCUGCAGGUGCACCGGCGGAUGCACACGGGCGAGAAGCCCUAUGGCUGCUCCACCUGCGGCAAGAGCUUUACCCGGUUGUAUGGGCUGCAGGAGCACCGGCGGGUGCACAGCAGUGAGCUGCCCUUCACCUGCUCUGACUGCGGAAAAGGCUUCAAGUCGUCGCCGGACCUGAAGGUGCACAGGCGCCUGCACCCUGGGGAGCGGCCCUAUACUUGCAGCGAAUGCGGCAAGGGCUUCACCCGCUUCAGAAACCUGCUGGGGCAUCAACACACCCACACCGGCGAGCGUCCCUACACCUGCUCCCAGUGCGGUAAGGGCUUCACCCAGUCCACCAGCCUGCUGUCCCACCAGCGCCACAGCCGCAACUACCUCCUCUGA